UUACUGAAGUAUUUGGAAUGUUCGCUUGAUAAGCGGGACCUUUACCUCACUUGUAAUUUGCAUUUGUGCGUUUAUGUCCUGCUUUUUAUUCAUUACUGAAAGUGACCGUGUUAGAGAAAGGUUCUAGUGGAGAGAGGGGAAAAAAAGCCCGGUCCCCUCCUCCGCUCUGCCUCCAGAUGGAAAGUUUUAAAGUCUCCUCUCCGUGGAUAAGAAGCUAAGAUAAACGCAAAGAGGUAACUCCAGCCUCCGACUUUUAGACAAGCCUAAAUGACGCAAAGGGUUUACUCAACACAGCCCAAAACUGCGAGGGACAGGACAAUACGUGCAGGGAUUCCCACGUCUCCUAUGACCGACAUAACGUGACAAAGCCGGAGUUUUGACCCAGCUUCAGGAAAUUAGCCCGCUUGGAUCCAUCAGAUGCAAGUUAUCAAGAUCAUGACUGAGCACAUGCUGCUUUUUCUGUUAUCCACCCUCAGUGGAGGCACGCACAUCUAUGAUGAAGCUGUUGUCUCCACAGUCAGGAAAGUUUUUACCAAAUCUGGCAAAGAGUGUAAGUUCCCAUUUCGACAGGGUGGAAGGCUUCAUCAUGACUGCAUCACCACCACCACCUCAACACCGUGGUGCUCCCUCACACACAACUUUGAUCGGGACAGGAAGUGGGAUUUCUGUGUUCAGUACGAAAGUGUUGUAAACUCGUCUCAUACUGGGCUCGAUCCAUGUCGGUUGAAUCCGUGUCAGAAUGGAGGCGUCUGCAUGUCCGUCUCACAGAUCAGCUCGUUCGAGUGCUCAUGUCCAGAUGCGUUCUCCGGAAGUUUAUGUGAGCAAAAGACGUGCUAUGAAACCCUACACCUGCACCAUUAUGACAUCGGAGAGUCUUGGGGACGGAUUCACCUCCGUAAUGUGGAGCAGUGCACAUGUGUGGCGGGGGAAAUCGAGUGUCAAAGAGUCCACUACACAAAGUGCAGCAUGAAUCCCUGUCAGAACCAUGGAACGUGUCGGAUGAUCUCAUCCACGGGAAAGCAGGUGUGUCACUGCAGAUUCGGCUUUGAUGGACCUAGAUGCAGCAUCAAGCCAGACACAGAGUGUUACAAAGGUAGGGGCACAGGUUACAGAGGAGCGGUGAGCACCACCAUGUCUGGUGCCCGGUGUCUGCCCUGGGACUCCCAUCUGCUCUACGACGAGCUCCACGUGGGCACGGUGGCCUCAUGGGUCACCAAAGGGCUUGGGGAGCAUGCAUUCUGCAGAAACCCAGAUGGGGACCAGAGGCCAUGGUGCUACACACUUACUGACAGCGCCAUCUCGUGGGAGUAUUGUGACAUCCCGCUCUGCGUGCAGCGUUUGGCUGCUGCUCGAAGGGUCCUCCCCUACAACGUCCCGCCCAUCGCUAAAGAACAAAAUCCUUCUAAAGCAGUCAAGAAUCCCUUGUGUGGGACGAAGCACAAGAAGAGGUUAACGGUACCUAGAGGCCGGAUAUUCGGCGGGACUUCUGCCCUGCCGGGGACUCAUCCGUGGAUGGCGGCCAUUUACAUCGGACAGUCUGAUUUCUGCGCCGGUAGUCUGAUCUCUCCCUGUUGGAUCGUUGCUGCGGCACACUGCUUCUUCCGCAAUCCGCUGAAGUCCCAGAUCCGGGUGGUUCUCGGCCAGCACCACUUUAAUGUCACCGGCUCCAACACCCAGACGUUCGCAGUGGACAACUACAUCUUUCCAAAACAGUUCUCCGUGUUUAAUCCAACGUUACACGACAUCGUUUUGAUCAAAUUGAAGAAGCAGGACGGGAGGUGCGCGAGGAAAACCCCAUUCAUCAGACCCAUCUGCCUUCCAGAUAAAAACAUCACCUUUCCUGUGGGGUACUGCUGUUCCAUCAGUGGCUGGGGGCGCAUGCACGAGCAGGCAAAGACUUACUCUACCCUGCAAGAGGCCGGCGUGAGGCUGAUUUCAGACGACACCUGUAGGAACCCGGGAGUGUACGGGAACCACGUCACUGAAGACAUGAUUUGUGCUGGGAUGGGUGGAUGUGUGGACGCAUGUCAGGGUGACUCCGGGGGCCCACUGGCGUGUGCGAAGGGUGACAUCAGCUUCUUGUACGGGAUCAUCAGCUGGGGAGAGGGCUGCGGCCAACCGGGAAAACCUGGGGUGUACACUAGAGUGGUGAAUUAUAUGGACUGGAUCAACUCGGUGAUCAAACCCAAAACUUUAUGACUGAACUUGACCUCAGCUUUAAUUUUAGUUUGAUUUAGAAUUUAUAGAAAGAUUUAAAAUGAUGCUGCCUUGGAUAUUUAUAAUAUGUAUUUUGACUGUGAACUAAGUGUAUGACUGAGAAAUGACUUGAGCAAACUUUGUUUCUGUAAGACCAAUAAAACAUUCCCAUUCCC